UGUUGACAGACACAACCACUCUAUCCAACAGCUAGGAGCGGAGAGCUUAGGUGAGCGAUAGGCUUUCAAUCUAUCCAGCCAAACAUUAAGCACCUGUUCAACAAAACGUGACAUUUUCAAGGCUGAGCCAUGAGGAGCUGUGUCUUACUGCUCCCUGCUCUCCUGCUUCUGCUGGCCCUGCCAGACACCAGGGGGCGCUACAACGAUGAUUUCGAUGAUGGGGAGGACCUGGCUGAGUUCGAUGACAAUGACUUUGCGGAGUUUGAGGAUGUUGGCGAGGACCAGCCGGUGGAAGCAGACAGCGAGCCUCCCCCGAGGCCGACUCCUUCAUCCGCCCCCAUAGAAGAUGACGAGGAUGAAGCCACAGUGGAGAUUGAGGAAGGGCAGGAUGAAUUUGAGGAUGCAGAUGCACAGGAUCAGGAUAUGUACAGCAAGUAUGACAACGAGGAGUUUGAGGGCUAUGAAAAAACCAACCCAUCCUUCAAGGACACACUCAUAUAUCGAGAAGUACCAGCACAUCUGCAGAACAGCUGGGAGAGCUACUACAUGGAGAUCUUGAUGGUCACAGGCCUCUUGGCCUACAUCAUGAAUUACAUUGUUGGCAAGAACAAGAACAGCAGGCUCGCUCAGGCCUGGUUCAACUCCCACAGGGAGCUGUUGGAAAGCAAUUUUGCUCUUGUUGGUGACGACGGCACGAGUAAAGAGGCCAUUAGCACAGGGAAGCUGAACCAGGAGAAUGAGCACAUCUACAACCUGUGGUGCUCAGGGCGUGUGUGCUGCGAAGGCAUGCUCAUUCAGCUCAAGUUUCUUAAAAGACAGGACCUGCUGAAUGUGCUGGCCAGAAUGAUGAGACCAACCUGUGACCAAGUGCAAGUCAAAGUUACCCUGAACGAUGAGGACAUGGACACAUUUGUAUUUGCUCUGGGCAAUCGGAAGGCCUUGGGUCGGCUGCAGAAGGAGAUGCAGGACCUGAGCGAGUUCUGUGGGGAUAAGCCCAAGUCUGGGUCAAAAUAUGGCCUCCCUGACUCUCUGGCCAUCCUAUCAGAGAUGGGCGAGGUCACAGAUGGAGUGAUGGAUAACAAGAUGGUUCAUUACAUCAGCAGCAAUGCCGACAAGAUUGAAUCCAUUCAUUUCUCUGACCAAUUUUCUGGUCCAAAAGUUAUGCAAGAGGAAGGCCAGCCCUUGAAGCUCCCUGAGACUAAGAAAACGCUGCUGUUUACAUUUAAUGUGCCUGGGAUGGGUAACACAUCUCCAAAAGACAUGGACAGCCUGCUGCCUCUUAUGAACAUGGUGAUCUACAGUAUCGACAAAGUCAAGAAGCUCCGUCUGAACAGAGAGGGAAAGCUGAAAUCGGAGAGGAAUCGUGCCCGUGUGGAGGAGAACUUUCUGAAGCAAACUCACGCUCAAAGGCAGGAGGCAGCGCAGACACGUCGGGAGGAAAAGAGGAGAGCAGAGAAGGAGAGGAUCAUGAACGAAGAAGACCCUGAGAGACAGCGCCGCCUAGAGGAGGCCGCUCAGCGUCGAGAACAGAAAAAACUGGAAAAGAAACAGAUGAAGAUGAAGCAAAUUAAAGUGAAAGCCAUGUAAAAAAAAAACCAAACACCAAACAAACAAAAAAAAACGGGCAAACACUCUUCCAUAGCACCUGGUGUUUGAGAAUGUAAUCACUUCUUCCAUUGCUCCUGUCUGAAUGUGCAGUUUUCAUUCCCCUGUCCAGUCACGAAAGAGAGCUAGUAAUUGAUUGUCAUUAGUCUGAGGGCUCAGAGAGCAAGAUUGGGGGAUGGGAUCUUCAAAAGUCAGUACCUAAAUCAUAUAUUUUAUACAUAAUAGAGGUCUAAUAGUUUUGUCACAAAUCAAAUUUUGUUUACGAUUAGUCUUAAUGAAAACAUCUGGGCCUUGUUUUGGGAUAAAACUGCAUUAUUUUGUAGUAUUUAACUUAUUGAACUGCAGAUCAAGAAUAAUUGCACGAUACUAAAAAUCCUGCUUUAUUCUCAUAUAGUGCACCUUCAAAAUGAAAACGCUUCAUCCAACGACUUCCCACAACUAUGCAGGGAAAGUUCACACAUUGUAUUUAGACUCUGUCUUCAUGCAAGUUCAAAUGUUUUUUUUUUUGUCUGCACUUUUGCCUCUCCUCCGGAGAAGUAGCAGAAGAGUGUUCACUAGUCCGGUUCUCCCCUCCCUCUCGCUAUCGCCUAUACCCCAUUUGCAGUUCCUCAUCCAGCACGCUUCUGCUGAAGUGCAUGCCACAUUUUCACAGCCACCCAAAGGCAUUCCACCAAAUUCCUGAUUGACUAUCUGUGGUGUUGUGACCUUGUCUAGGCUCCAGGCCAUAACACAAAGUGUGAGGAAUACAGCUAAUCAAUUGUGUAGUGUAAAUGAACACAGACUGAGAUAGACAAAAGUUGUUCAGUGAUAGCAGGUGUAUUGUCCAAUAGAUGGUGUGAUUUGUUAUACACACACGAGAUAUUGUGAUGCUGGAAUAUAACAUCAGGAGUGACCCAGGCCAAAAUAACAAACCAACCCAUAGUAGAAAAAUAGACACUACCUAAACCUACACAGACAAAGGAAAAUACAAACACAACUACACUUACUCCCUAGGUGAAAAACAGACCAAAACCACACCCCAAACAAAAUGGCAGUCACUCCCUAUUUACCAGUGAAAACAACAAUGAAACAAAGUGAAAUUUGUACAAAUAUAACAUAGCAAACUAACUAUAAGGGAGAGGUCAUGUACCAGGUCAAUUAUCAAACCAAUCGAUUACAGACACAUCUCCAAAACAAAUCUCGCUGCUCUUAUUGCUAGCCUUGUCCAGUGGUCAUCAUUCCACUUUCUUUUUUUUCCCUCUCACGGGGUGGGCAGAGCCUUGUCUCUUGACUGGGUGCAAGCGUGGAACUCGGCAGUAGAAUACAGAACUUGGUCUGGAAUGGAACACACCCAGACCACACACAUACACAGACGUGAAACGGACACGAGGAGCACUCGAGGAGACCUGUAGGUGGGAAAAGGCAUGCACAUCUAUACUGGGGGCUGAUGCAACCAUAACCUGCACAUCACCAGUCCCUCCCCAUCAUCCUGCUCUCUGUUCAGGGAGCUAGGUCACUGCUGCAUCUAACAGCUAACGGGUUGGGUGGGGUGUUUUUUGUUUGUUGUUUUCUUACCAGAACUGGGUGCAUGAGGAAAGGAAUGGUGCAUUUUGCAGUACUUGGCAGUACCCUGAGCCUUCAUUUCACAAACCUGUUCACAAACUGCAUUUUAUAGAGAAACUACAGUUUUGUUCUGUUUUUUUAAUAUAACAAGGGCUUGGCAUGUAAACUUGGCAUCCUUGAGCCAAUGCAAUCUAUAUAUUUAAUGUAAGUAACAAUUUUUAUUUAUCUUCUGUGUGCGGUAAUUGUCACAUGGCCACAUCAAAAGAUGUUUUCAUGAUGAUGCCUAUGCGAGACCCUUAACUUUAACCCCCUUAUGCAACAUUUUUUUUUUCCUUUGUUUGAAGAGAGUGAGCAAACCUAAAUAAAACAUGCACUGAACAAUUAAA